AGGGGCGCCUCUUCCAUUUGGGGGUGCGUCAGAUUUCCUUGAGGGCCUUGGGAGGUACGCACCAUUAACGGUUUCAACGGUUGCUUAUCUCUGUACAACGAAGGAAAGGCACCAUGUCGGACGCAGUGGUUAGUUUCAUGAAGGAUUUCCUGGCUGGCGGAGUUGCAGCUGCGAUCUCCAAGACGGCUGUGGCUCCAAUUGAGCGAGUGAAGCUCCUGCUCCAGGUCCAGCAUGCCAGCAAGCAGAUCACGGUGGACAUGCAGUACAAGGGCAUCAUGGACUGCGUGCGGCGCAUCCCCAAGGAGCAGGGCUUCGUCUCCUUCUGGAGGGGCAACCUGGCCAACGUCAUCCGCUACUUCCCCACCCAGGCCCUCAACUUCGCCUUCAAGGACAAGUACAAGAAGGUCUUCCUGGGCGGCGUGGACCAGAAGACGCAGUUCUGGCGCUACUUCGCCGGCAACCUGGCGUCGGGCGGCGCGGCCGGCGCCACGUCCCUGUGCUUCGUGUACCCGCUGGACUUCGCCAGGACCCGGCUCGCCGCCGACAUCGGCAAGAGCGGCGCCGAGCGCGAGUUCACGGGUCUGGGGAACUGCCUCACCAAGGUGUUCAAGUCGGACGGCCUCAAGGGGCUGUACCUGGGCUUCAACGUGUCUGUGCAGGGCAUCAUCAUCUACAGAGCGGCCUACUUCGGCUGCUUUGACACAGCUAAAGGUAUGCUGCCUGACCCCAAGAACACACCCCUCGUCAUCACCUGGAUGAUCGCCCAGACGGUCACCGCAGCCGCCGGCAUCAUCUCAUACCCCUUCGACACUGUGCGGCGUCGCAUGAUGAUGCAGUCCGGUCGCAAAGGAGCUGACAUCAUGUACACGGGAACAAUGGACUGCUGGAGGAAGAUCAUCAAGGACGAGGGCGGCAAGGCCUUCUUCAAGGGGGCGUGGUCCAACGUGAUCAGGGGCAUGGGCGGGGCCUUCGUGUUGGUGCUGUACGACGAGAUCAAGAAGUACACUUAAAGACAUUCGACCCCUGCUUAUCCUCCCUCCCCCCACACCUCAAGGAAUCCCCCCCAACCCACACCAAGUUGAAAAUGUCUUAAUCCACGUGGUAGUUUGAGAACAUCCGAACACCCUAUGUCUGGUUCUCCCAACUGGUGAGUGGAGAGAGGUGUAUCAGAAUUCAGGUAAAACUCUUCGGAAACGUGGACACAUCCGUACAACGGUGUGCCAAAGGGAACACGCUUUCAGUCUUACAAUGAGAUCGAGACCGGUCGCACACUGAGGAGAGUUUGAGAUAUAUCUUGGUACAAAACAAUUAGUCCUCAUAUUUUCACUGUGAAGUUAACAUUGUUGCAUAUCACAUCAGCACUCGCAGCAUCUUUAUCUUUUAAUAAAAAAUGUAUUACUA